AGCAUUUACACUCAAGUUUCCUUCCGCUUACUACUUCAUCACAUUAUCUGCGACGCAACGUAGCUCGGUGUCCAUAUACCGUCGUUGACUUCGAGUUUUCAAGUCUCCGCCUUCCAUAUUGAAUUUCUACAGUGAAGCAAUGAAUCUCAAACGCUUCAUCGCAAUUUUGGCUGCUUUAGACCAGCUCCAGCAGGUCUUCGCGAAAGAAGCUCAAAACUGCAAAGUUGCAGCAUUCGACCUUUUGGCAAGUGCACAGGAGGUAGCUCUUCUUAUAGCUGCCUUCACUGUCGGGUGGCACUUGAUUGGGCCUUGUUUGGGGUUCCUUCGGCGAGGCAAACUGGUGAGAAACAGGGAAGUGCAGGACAGAGGCGAAGAGCCUAACGCUGCAAAAGAACCAUCUCAGAUUUGCAAAGCUGGAGAUUUGGUCGAAAGCUGGCUGCGUGCCGCAGGUCAAGCCAGUUUUGAGGAUAAGGAUCUUCCGAAGCCACAGCUCUACACCAAGGCCCUUCAGGCCUGCCUUAUGAGCAAUGAUUUGGACUCCGCAAGCCAACUUCUCCGACGAAGUUCGUGGCAGCUUCCAGAAGGUGGAAGAACAGCCAUCCAACUUGUGGCCCUGGCCCGACGGUUCUUGAAGCAACGAGACAUUUCCAGCGCCCACAAGUGCAUUCAAAGUGCACGUCGCCACAUCAAAGUUGAUCUACGCACUCGCAGGCUCUUCAUCGUUGCUUGCGCGCAGAGCGGCAGCAUGGACUUUAGUAGCAAAUGUUUCGAGGAGCUGAAGCGUGAGGGUUUGCAUCCGGACUUUGCCAUGUACUCUGCAAUGAUUCGUGGGUUUUGCCACGUCGGGAAGGUGGAGGAUGCCCUUACAUACUUCGAGCUUAUGCUGAGAGACCGUUUGCAACCAGAUGCAAUGCUCUUUGAUGCCCUGCUUGAGGGCUGUGUGAGCCACAAUCUCCUGCACGGGGCAGAGCAAGUCCUAGCUUCCAUGAAGGAUCUUGGCGUUCAACCGUCCAACACGACGUUGGCUGCGUGCAUCAAGCUGUAUUCCGCAAGAGGUGAGAUCGGUCGGGCUUAUGCUGUGUUCGAUGAUAUGGUGCAGAGUCACCAGCUACAACCCAAUGCCUAUGUGUAUGGCACCCUCAUUGCAGCUGCACUUCGCAAUGGCAGGCCAGAACUGGCCCUUGCGACUCAUGACUCUGGAGGCUGUUCUCCCAGUGCACGCACCUAUGAGCAUUUGAUGCAGUGCUGUCUUCAGCUGGGAUUGCUUGAAAGAGCUCUGGAGUUCUUGGACGAAGCCUUGGGUUUGAAGGAAUCAGCACCUUCCAGGCGAGCCUUCAUUGAUCCUAAGAUUGUAGAGGAGCUUUUGGUCCUAAUUGCUCGACGAAAGGAAUCCGAGAGACUGGGCAUGCCACUCAAGCGCUUGGAAGCAGCUGACUUCGAGCUGCCAGAAACGUUUCACCGCUUUGUGAAGAUAAGCGAGAGCCAAUUCCCACUCGGAAGCAAGCGGAGGGCAGACCUUGAUCGCUGGCGUAGCUUCUCACGGCACCUUUGCCUUUGAUCGCUUGCGCGUCCGUUCGUCUUAGGUAACGUGGCAGAGCUCACUUGAGGCGGUAUUUCUGCAAGGCUUUGGUCAUGCUAAAGUGGGAAGGAGUGCACCUUCCUGCGGAGAUUGUGGUCUUGAAAGUUUCGUGUGGUCGAGCGUGUCAUGGUAUUUGCAAGUAUGAUCCGCCGUUGCCACCCAAAAUGCACAGGCUGUGAUGACUUAAGCUUGGUUGCCUGA